AUGGCUUUUACUGAAGAAUACGUGUUUCUAUCCUUCAUUGCCUUCCUUUGCUUCCUCCCCCCAUGCAAACUUGCCAAAACCCUCCCCGUCGCCAGUGCCAACACCCUCCCCUUCGCCAGUGCGAACACCCUCCCCGUCGCCAGUGCCAACACCCUCCCCGUCGCCUGUGCCAACACCCUCCCUGUCACCAGUGCCAACACCCUCCCCGUUGCCAGUGCCAGCACCCUCCCCGUCGCCAGUGCCAACACCCUCCCCAUCGCCAGUGCCAACACCCUCCCCGUCGCCAGUGCCAACACUCCCCCAUCGCUAGUGCCAAACCCCUCUCCACCUCCUCUAACGUCAUCUCCCAGUGAGCCCACAGCCCCUCUCUCCCAAACUGGAGGCGGUUUAUCCAGCAGAGGCAUUGCUGGCAUUGCUGCUGCUGGCACUGUGGCUGUCCUCGUGCUGCUGGUGCUGUUGGCCUGGCUUCUGUGGAAGCGAUACCGCACCAAAGGGGCAGCAGGAGGAGACAAUACUAGCACCAAUGUGGAUGGCAAGAAAUCAAUAAAUAACAUUUUGUUUCAAGGUUUGGUUCUAGUUGAACGAUCAAAAUUCAAGCUGGAUAUCUGGAUUGGGGUUCAUUGCCAUGGUAUCACACAGCCACUCAGGCUUGACGUUCUGAUUGGAGUGGCAAAGGGGUUGCAGUAUCUUCAUGACUUUGGCAUUGUGCAUCGCGACAUCAAACCUGCCAACAUUCUCCUUGAUGCAAAGAUGCAGGCCAAGAUUGCAGACUUUGGGCUUGUGAAGCUUAGUGGGGGCUCUGCUAUGGGCACGUCUGUGGCUACCACACGAGUGAUGGGAACACCGGGCUAUGUGGACCCUGCAUAUUUCAAGUCUCAUAAGGCCACUCCAGCAGCAGAUGUGCACAGUUUUGGCGUGGUGACGCUCGUGGUUAUCACGGCGCGCAAGGCUGUGCAUGUAACAGAGAAAAACCAGAUCAAUCUCAAACAAUGGGACCCUCACUUGGACGCACCAGAUGACUUGGUGCUGCGCUGGGCUCGCCUUGCCCUCUCCUGCACCGCCAAGCAUGGAGCCUCCCGCCCCUCCAUGAACCAAGUGCUUUGGGAGCUGGUGAAGUUGAAGCAGGAGGCGUCCGGAGCACAUGAGGGCCAUGUGGGUGAGGCCAAAUCUCGCAUUGACAUGGAGCUUGGGAGCUCCAUUGGCUCCUCCAGCUUCACUGCUGAAAUGGCCUGUGCGGAGCGCGAGGGGGGCAUGCCAAGUGGCUCUUCCACGUAA